ACACCUCCUCUCGGACGCUUUCGCAGGUCCUCUGCCCAUCGUCACUGCGAUUCAGACCUCGUCCUGCGUGGCCCCACGUCCCCGGAGCUCCCUCGACCUACUUAACCUUGGUCCAGACCAGGACAGCCCCGCUGCCCGCCUUGCUGCCCUCCAUCUCGCCCGGGCUUUCAUCGCUCCAGAUCCUCCUGCUCAUCCACUUCCACCACUCCAGACAUGAUCACCACCAACGGAACAGCGCCGGCUCUCAACGAUGAGGAGCAAGUCCGCCUUGCUCAAAAGUUCCCAGAAAUGGUCGCUGACCAGUCGAUCAUCCACCUCGACUCGUUUGAGCUCGAAUCGGGCGUCGUGCUCAAGAAUGUGCCCGUUGCGUACAAAACAUGGGGCAAGCUCAACCAAGACGGCUCAAACGUCAUGGUGAUUUGCCAUGCGCUCACAGGCUCGGCGGAUGUCGAGGACUGGUGGGGCCCGCUUCUCGGCGAAGGCCGUGCUUUCGAUCCAAAGGUGUUCUUCAUCUUCUGCGCCAACAUCCUGGGCUCGCCGUACGGCUCGGCUUCACCCAUCACCGUCAACCCUGAAACCGGCAAACUCUAUGGCCCAACUUUCCCUGCCGUCUCUGUCCGAGACGAUGUAAGGAUUCAAAAGACGAUCCUGGAGCUGAUUGGAGUUCAGCAAAUCCGAUUUGUCAUCGGCGGAUCGCUCGGUGGCAUGCUGGCACUCGAAUGGGCCAUGCUGGGCUCGGAGACCGUCAAGAAUGUUGUGGCCAUUGCAACGUGUGGGCGUCACUCGGCCUGGGGAAUCAGCUGGGGUGAAGUUCAACGACAGUGCAUCUACAGCGACCCCGACUACAAGCAUGGCUGGUAUUCGCUGAACAGCCCUCCAACCAAGGGCCUGAGCUCGGCGCGCAUGAGUGCCAUGCUGACAUAUCGAUCAAGAAACUCCUUCCAGGCGCGAUUUGGUCGCCAAACGAUGCCCCCGAAGCCUCUGCAUACUAGCACGCGCGAGCUGUCGCCAGAGGAGAAGGCAGCGCUGUUGCAUAACGAAGGAAUUCAGGGCAAGGUUCCCAAUCCGCCCAGCGAGGUGAAUGGUGCGGACAAGUACGCCGUUUACUCGGCCCAGAGCUAUUUGCGGUAUCAAGGCGACAAGUUCCUCAACCGCUUUGAUGCAAACUGCUACAUCGCCAUCACCCGCAAGAUGGACACCCACGACCUGUCCCGGGGACGGAGUGGCGAUUACAUCGAGACACUGCGUGAGAUUCAGCAGCCCACACUCGUGAUUGGCAUUUCCUCGGAUGGACUCUUUACUGUAUCAGAGCAGUAUGAGCUCGCCGAGCACAUUCCCAAUUCAGAGCUGCACAUUAUCGAGUCUGGCGAGGGCCACGACGCCUUCCUGCUCGAAUUUGACGAAAUCAACUUUGAGAUCAGCAAGUUCCUGAAGGCCCACUGCCCUGAGCUCCUUGCCAAGGAUAUCCGCAAGUGGACAAAGGAGGAGAUGGUAUCCAAGGCCAGUGUCUUUGGAGAAGCCGAGGAUCCUUUGUUGUGGUGAUUGUCCUGGAUCGAAGUCCCCAAUUGGCAUCGAGGCUCCUUGCAGGCCUCGCACCACGACGGAUCUCCUGCGGUGUUCAACAAAGCCAUCGCCGCUGAUCGGAUCAGCGAGUGGCGACUUGUACUUUGACGAUCGAGAUUGCGACGGCUGAAUGAGAGAGCAUGUGGGGGCUCGUCCACAGUACAUCGAUCAAUGCCUCUCCCAGAGAGCACGAGACGGCUCAGUUGCCCCGAAUACAUUUAUGGAUAUGAGUGAUG